GUACUUUUUGCAUGGUACAUAAAUCGUGAACGAUCUUCUCAAGCCCCCACGGCCGCAUCGGCGCCGCAUCCCUCUCCUUUACCGUUAUGAGCACAACAGCCUACACGCCUGUCCCAACUACGCUUUCUGACAUCGAAAAUGGAUCUGCGCCGCCCACGUAUCCCCCACUGCGCACCAAAGCGCUGCUUGCUCGUCUUGCACCCACCUCCCCCCCGACGCGAAUACGCCGGACGCUUGUCUUCCUUGUUGUGCUGACCCUCAGCUCGAUACUCCUUGUCUUCUUCGUCUUUCCUCCAAACUCAUGGAGCAUCGCCUUCGCUUCACCGUUUCGCGGUCAAGAUGGAGCCCACACGGUUAGCGGCGGUGGGGGCGUCGGUAGCAGUGGCAGUCUAUGGAAUACGGACUACGCCUUGCCUCAGGACAGAUUACAGGAGAACAGCAGCCCAUUCUUCCGCGAUUCGCACCCGACGUUACACUCCCGUCUAUUUUUGGCACGGGCACAAGCAGAGAUCCAAGCUCGUGGACUAGACACAUGCAAAGGAAAGCUGGGCGGAGCCAUGAUUGACGGAUACUUGGAGAACGCCGUAGAGUACUGUAAGCCGUCUGGACGGACUGCGAGCAGUCCUUUCAUAACCUGCUUCCCUGCGGGUACCGCGGCACCCCAGGACACUCAAAACCGCUGGUGGCCAUACCCACAGUCUUUCUGUCAUUCAUCCAAUCUAACGCAUUCGUCUGGAUGGGGCGGAGACCUUCCUGGCCGGGGUGUUUUCGGGGCACGAGAUCAGUGUGCGCUGACAAAAGCCGGUAUCGCGUUGGAUAAAGAUAUGAAAAGGGAGAUGUUCUUGGGCAAGGAAUUCCACUCAGGCGAAGGUGGGGACCAGCCAUGCGGUGAAACGGUCGAUCACCCGGUCCUCUUCGUCCCUCGACAGGAUCGAUGGAACCCAUUCCACGUUGGCGAAGAUCUUGUGACCACAUUUCUGGCACUCACGCUAUUCUCCCGCCAUGCUGCGCAAUCUUACCAGCCUAAAUCGCUGUUUGGAUCGCAAACGGUGGAGGACGAACUCUGGUCCUCAUUACCUGGAGCGUAUAUUAGAGGCGGAGCGCUCGAACAGUUCCGGAAGCUGAGGAAGGAUCUAGAAGCUGAUCUGGAGCCUACAGCCGGACUGCAACUCGUAUUCCAAGAUUCUCAGCUACCUACGGAGUCUUUAUUCGCCCCCCUGUACGAUCGCAUCGGUGCUUGGACGGCGAGGCGAACGGCAGCAGAUGCGCUGGGACACGGCGGAGCUCCGACAUGCUUCUCUCAGGCAUUCCACUCCGUCGGUGCUGGUGCUUCGCUGCUCAGCGGGACCAAAGUCGGCCUGAAAUACAAAUGCGCAAGCGAGCUUGUCUGGGGUGCCAGUUUGUGGCUUCGAUGGGUCUGGGGGUUGGAGCCUGUUCUGCCUGGAGAUGAAAAGGUUUCCGCCCAGCCUGCCUUGGAGGAGCGAGCACUUGGCUCUUCCGAAUUCGUCAAUGUCCUGUUCCUGUCUCGGGAGAAAUUCGAUGAUGCUACUCUUCAUCGAAACGGGGGCCUUUCAACGUGGUCGGAUGCUCGGCAUAUCCUCAACGAGGCCGAUCUAGUUGUUGGCUUGCGUUCUGGGCUGGCUGAUAUGUGUUCAAAGCUCACCGCAGUGUCAGGUUCUCACCUCACGCAUCAUCCUGGGACACUCGACUGUACGUUCACCAAUGCAGAUGGUCUUCCCGGGUCUUGGGGCGUGCCACUGCAUCCUCGCGAGGCCUUUGCUCUGGGCAACGACGGGAAUUCGACUCACACCGGCGGCAAAGCGCUGCGUUUUGCCACUCUUGAUCCCACAACGACCGCUCUGGCCUCUCAGCUUGGCAUGAUCGGAAGGACAGACGUCGUGGUCAGCGUCCAUGCCGGUGCGCUGGGACUGACUCUGUUCAUGCCUACCGGCCGCGCUUCAGUCAUCGAGCUGGUUCCUGGUGGGGUCCGCGGUAACGAGCAUUUUCACAACAUGGCCCAUAUGAUGGGCCUGGAAUAUGUCAACGUUGGGGUAUCGAAACGGGUCAAUGUCCAGUCCGUCGUGGAUGCUGUGAAGGCAGUCGUCGAGAAAAGAUUAGGGUGAGGUAUGUCGCUGUGGGGAAUCUAACAUUGUAUCAUAGCUCUGCACAUGGAGUCUGUUGUAUUUAAUCUUAACUUAUCGCAUCCGUCCAGAACCAUAUAGCAAUAUUAUAUACAUAUAGAUUCUUGAUGAAGCUCUGAAUAGAACCAUGGUCACGCGCUC